AUGCCGGCUAUCGGGGCCGACUCAGUGCCGGGCGCCGGGGACUCCUCAGGGCCGGCCACCGGGGCCGCCUCAGUGCCGGCCGCCUCAAUGCCGGCCGCCUCAGUGCCGGCCGCCUCAGUGCCGGCCGCCUCAGUGCCGGCCGCCUCAGUGCCGGCCGCCGGCGGCGACACCAACGACGAUGACGCACUGAGAAAAGACGCAGAACGCGCCGCGACAACGAAACCGGCAGCAACCACUGCGAAACCAACAACCGUCGCACCCAAAAAAAAAAAAGAGAAGAAGCUGCCUCCCGGUUGGCCGUACCAGACGGACCGCUCGCUGUGCGGCCAGCGGCACGAGUGCCCCCUCGCCUGCUCCGACGCCUACAAACCCACCUGCGUCGUGCGCAACCCGUACGAGUCUAACACGUUCAAGGUGUGGACCUUCUUGAACCAUUGCUACGCCGACAUCUUCCUUUGCAAGAACGGAAAUGCGAUCAAAGUGAAGUCUGACUUCUCCGGUGGAUUUAAGGUGGAGGUCAGCAGCAUCGGCAUGGCCAAAUGCUCUGAGUACAAGCACCAGAACGUAAUUCGUUUCUACGAGAGUGCGAUGUCAAUGCGGCACUUCGGGUACCUGUACGAGAGCCACCUGCCCGCCGGCCACCAGCUGCCGUCAUGACGUGGGACUGUGGGACGUCAAACAAUAAUACUACGAAUAGGAAGGACACACUUCGUCCCGCACCGAUAGCUUGAUUACCUCACCCCCGAUUCGCCUACUUUCUUCAGUCCGGUCCGGAGGUAUGAGUAGCUCUGUCUCGCUCGCACGCAGUGGUAAGUCUGUACACGCUGCAUC